UUCAUCAUCCCCGAUUCCCCUCACUCCGGUGCAAAGGGUGGAAGGAAAGGGAGAAGCAAAGCAUCUCAUUCUCCCCCAACCCCACAAACACCUUGGGCCAGCACCUCCCCUCUUCUUACCUUUAUCUCCUCCUGGCCUCCAAGCAUCUCCCUCCAAUCCCCUCCUCACAUUGCAAGAUACUACUGCUAGAUAGAUUGCCAGAUUGGUACAAGCAUUGUCUGUUUCUUUCUUCCAUCGUUGGUUAAGCGAGUGUGAGCGACGAAGGAAGCUAGGCACAUCUAUCUUGUGACGCCAAGCUCGCGCGGCAUCUUUCCCAGCUCACGCCACACACCACCACCUCUGUUUCUUUCUUCUUCCUCCUCGAUCGCGUCCGAGCCUCCCCUGCCGCAUGCCACUCGCGUGCAGCCUCCCUGUCUGUUAGUUUGUUGCGACCCUCCCCCUGCAUUGCCAUCCUCGUCUCCGUCUUCUUUAGCCUGAAACGUACGGAGGCAGACCGAAGCAGAGCGCCUGCAUUGCAAGAACUGAAGAGAUUCUGUGCCGUUUCUUUCCUGCCGCGGCGAGCGCGCGCAUGCUGGCAGGGACCGACUGAAGGCGUCUAGCGGGGAGGCGAUGCGGUUCACAGCGGGGGGCUCGACGACGCGGUCCUGGCAGCCGACGGCGGCGGGGGCGGACACCACGGACCUGCACUUCUGGCUGCAGUGGCGGGUGGCCGUGUGCGGGCUCUGGGUGCUCUGCUGCGUCGUCGCGGCGGCCUACCUCAUCUGGCGCCACGAGGGGCCCGGCGCGCACCGCCGCCCGGGCGGCGCCGUCGACAAGGAGCGGAGGAAUAGGAGGCCCGACGGGCUGCUGUACGAUGACGAGGCGUGGCGGCCCUGCCUCCGGGACAUCCACCCGGCGUGGCUCCUCGCGUACAGGCUCGUCUCCUUCUUCGUCCUCUUCAGCCUCCUCAUCGUCAUCGUCAUCUCCGACGGAGGCAGCAUCUUCUACUACUACACACAGUGGACCUUCAUGCUGGUGACGAUUUACUUCGGGCUUGCCACAGCGCUGUCGAUCUACGGAUGCAGCAAAUUUUCCGACUGGAAUGCCGUUGCGGCGGCGACGGACACCGAGCUGGGGCCCUAUGCCGCCCACGGAGCUGGCAAUAAACCAACCGCCGAUGAAGAGGAUGAUGGAACGAGAGAGAUCGCUGGAUUCUGGGGGUACCUGCUCCAGAUCAUUUACCAGACAAACGCAGGAGCUGUGAUGCUUACAGAUUGUGUGUUUUGGUUCAUCAUUUUCCCAUUCCUUACUGUCAAAGAUUACAGCAUGAAUUUUUUGCUGAUAGGAAUGCACUCGGUCAACGCUGUUUUCCUGCUCGGCGAAGCGUCCCUGAAUAGCCUGCGUUUCCCAUGGUUCCGGAUUGCAUAUUUCUUCCUAUGGACUGCACUUUAUGUCGUAUUCCAGUGGAUUGUCCAUGCAUCAACCCCAAUCUGGUGGCCCUACCCAUUUCUCGACCUCUCAGCUAAUCUGGCACCUUUGUGGUACUUUGCGGUAGCAUUCAUGCAAUUACCGUGCUACGUGAUCUUCAGACUGGUGAUGAACCUGAAACACAACCUUCUCUCUAAGCAUUUCUCAGGCAGCACAGUAGUAAGAGACUAGCAUCAUGUGAUGAACAAGCAUAUGGCAUCUUAUUCCUCCGGCCCUCCAUUACAAACAACUUAUACAGAAAGGCAACACGAAUUUGUCAUGGAGAAGCAACCAAAUAAUGGUGGCGAGGAGUAGAGUCCCUUGCGCUUAAUUUCUUAUGCUGGUGCAUGCAUUUCCAAAAUGAAAGGAAAACAGAGCAUGCGCGUGCGUUUAUACCGGAAUAAUUUGGUGUAAGUAAAAUGAGGGGGUCAUAGAUUCGUAAGAAGAGUUUUUGCAGUAACUGCAACCGAAAGAAAAAUAUUGGGAUUGUGUACAUACAGCUUGGUUGAUUGGUUGGUGAAAUGGAGAUAUUGGUCAAUUAAUUAGUAGUAGUUGCAGUAGUAGCUUCUUUUGUAGAUCAGCUAAUUGGUCAUCAGUUUACAAGUGUGACUAAUGUAAUCGGUGCACGGUUCAAUGCCUAUAUAUAAGCUUAUGGAUCAGAAAUGAGACCAUGAAAAAUGGACA